AUGUCCCAGGAGAAGCCCAAGGAGAGAGUGAAGAGGGAAAAGGACCACAUCAACCCUAAGGUUGCCGGGCAGGAUGGCUCCGGGGUCCAGUUCAAGAUCAAGAGACACGCACCGCUCCGCAAGCUGAUAAAGGCCUCCUGCCAGCGCCAGGGCUUGUCCAUGAGACAGAUUCGAUUCAGGUUUGAUGGACAACCAGUUAAUGAAACAGACGCCCCAGCACAGCUGGAGAUGGACGAUGAGAACACCAUCAAUGUGUUCCAGCAGCAGACGGAGGGGUGGGGGUGCACGUGUGGUCAAGCCCAUCGGCAGGCAGGCUCGGACACCGAGGACAUUCCCCAGGAGGACUUUGCUCUGAUGCAGUCAGCGCCACCGCGGCGACAGUCCCCAGCCUCCCUCGGCCUGUCCCCUGGUAACUUUGUUUGGACUCACUCCUGUCUGGCGGCCCCUGGCGGCCUGUUCGGGUCACCUGGGCAGGAUGACCACCGUCAUCUCCUGCCCACCUGA